CGCUGACGCUGACGCUACCGGCGGGCGCGGAGACGCGGACACGGCGCCGUCUGUCAUGGCGAUGUUCGGCGCCGAGGAGGACGACGUCGAUUUCUUCUCAUCCAGUGGCGGGGCCAAACUGGCCUCUCUCUUCGGCAUGGACCAGGCUGCCGUGGGUCAGGGAAACGAGUCGUUCCAGUACACGGCCCCCAAACAGCCAAAGAAAGGGGCACAAGCUCCAGGCGCGGGUUCACAGAAACCGGCAACUACUGGUGCCUCUCCAGCGGUGUUGUUUGCCACUGCCGUGCACGCGUACCAAUACCUGAAUGGUCAGUAUGUGAAACAAGGCAAGCUUGGAGCGGCUAUUCUUGGAAACCAUGCUUCAGGAGAGUUCAAGGUUCUGCUGUACGCUAGUCAACAGAAGCGGAUCGCAGCUGCUCGCAUCACCUCAACCUUCACUUUUACUGUUCAAGCCAAUAACUAUUGUAUGUUUUACGAUGAUCAGAAGCAGAACUGGUCCAUCAUGUUUGAUUCUGACAAGGCUGUGAUAGACUUCAGCAAACAGGUGUGUUUGGCAAAAUGUAACUGUACCUCAUCGUUGGAGUCUGUGCUGGUCCAGGAUCUCAGCCCAGGUGAAGGACCGGCCGUUGAAACGGGUGACUCUCUGGAAGUGUCGUACACAGGGUGGCUUUACCAGAACAACACCUUUGGACAGGUGUUUGACACGAAUAUCAACAAAGACAAAUUGCUGCGACUGAAACUCGGAUCGGGGAAAGUGAUUAAGGGCUGGGAAGUUGGGAUGCUGGGAAUGAAGAAAAAUUCCAAGAGACUACUGAUUAUACCCCCGAGUCAGGCAUAUGGAUCGCAAGGAAUGCCAAACAGAAUUCCGCCUGACGCCACACUUCUCUUCGAAGUGGAGGUUAAAAGGGUAAAGUUUAUCAAGGAACCUGGAUUCGACAGGCAGAGUACGGGGUCUCGUGAUUCAGUUGCAUCGUCACCAGCUCCAAGUGUUGAAAGCUUGGCAAUGGAAACUUCAAUCCCAGCACCUGUAUCCGUACCUCCAAAACCUGGGGAGCAUAAUGUACGGGCAAAGUCUAAUUCAUUAAACGACAUGCUUUCUAAUCCUGGUCCCACUAAAGCCAAGCUGAUUUCCCGAAUGGCAAAAAUGGGACAACCAAUGCCAUUUCUCGCUGGGGCUCUUUCUGCACAGCCUGACUCCAGCGACUCUGAACUUGAGGAUCAUUCGAGAGGAGUGCCUCUUGCUGCCCCACCAGCAGCCCAGCACACUGCUGCUCCGGUUCACAGUCUACCUCCACAGCAUCCUCCAUCAGUGCCAGUUUGUAUGCUUCCGACGUCAUCUGCAGCGUUAGUGCCUGUUGUAUUGCCCGCUCAGCAAGGACUGCCUGGUAGUGCCCAAUCAUUCCAGCCGUACACAGGAAUGCACUAUGGUUACGCACAAGGCCAUGGAGCUCAGACACAGAUUCAGUCAAUCGGACCGAUGUACCCAGCUCAAGCACCCCAGUACCAAGCUGGUGGAGACGUCACAUCUUUCAUGAUGACUGAGGCACGCCAGCACAACACUGAAAUUCGAUUGGCCAUUAGCAAGGCAUCAGAUAAAAUUGACCACCUUGCUCUGAAGAUGGAAGACUUGCAGAAACACACCACGGGGCCGUCAAUCCCAGGCAUUUCAUCGUUCACCAUGGAAACAAGCAUGAUAAUGCAUAAUAUCCAAAGAAUUAUACAGGAAAAUGAGAGACUGAAGCAAGAAGUGUUUGAUAAAAGCAGUCGGAUUGAAGAGCAGAAUGGAAAGAUCAGUGAGCUGAUCCAGAGAAACCAAAGAUACGUGGAGCAAAGUAAUUUGUUGAUGGAGCAGAGGAACGACUCUCUGAUGUCCUCAACAGAGAAUAACCAAGCCCGCGUCCUGCUUGUAGAGCAGGAGAAGGUGAAGGUGACGGAGGAGCUUGCGUUGGCCACGGGCCAGAUCGCCAGGCUGCAGUUAGAGCUGAUGGCCCACCAGAAGCAGGAGAUGGAGCUGCGUACUCAACUGGCAUCAGCACAGCAGAAAGCAGAGGACCAAGGACUGUGCCUCAGCAGCGUGGAGAUGCAGUUUUCAGAGCUGCAGGAGACAUCGGAGCGAGCUCAGACCAAGUGCAAGGCAGAGAAGCAGAGCCGCAAGCAGCUGCAGGUGAAGGUGGCCGGCAUGGAAGAGGAACUAGUGGACCUGCGAGCCGAGAAGGACAACCUUGUAAAGAGUUCAGCAGAGAGGAAGAGGAAAGCAGUAGCGGAGCAGCAGCGAGCUGAGCUGGAGAUGGAGGAACUCCGCAAAUCAUACGAGGAGGAGCUGGGGAAUGUCCGCUCACUGUUGCGGAAAGCUCGGACAUCUACUGACCAGGCCGCAGCUGAGCAGAUUUCAGUGAUGCAGGCAGAGCUGGAGUCACAGUGGCAAGUCAGGUGUGACCGCAUGCUGACGUCAGCCAAGGAGCAACACAGCCUGCAGUAUGGAGAGGUCUGUGAACAACGAGAAUCACAGCAGCUGAAGAUCUCACAGCUGGAGGCAAAGCUGGCUGCAUGGAAGGUGUCUCGUGCCACAGAGGAGGAGAAGCUGGUGUCUCUGCAGGAACAGGCGGAUGAGCUGCAGACCCUGAGGGAGCAGUAUUCGUCAUUGGAGAGCAGAGCUGUGGCAAUGAAGGAGCACUACGAGAGGCGGCUGCAGGAGCUGAGGCAGCAAGCCCCUGUGAUGAGUGAGGCACCGAACGUUGGCAAUACUGUCGAGGAGGUGAAGAAAAUCAUGAAUGGCGUGUUUCAGUCGUUGCGAGGAGAGUUUGAACUUGAUGACACUUACAGCGGGAGGUCGGUCCUUGGAACUAUCCUGAGCACCAUCAAGGCCGUUACACUGCAGCUCUUGGUCCAAAGUGAAGACCAGGCGCUUGCAAGAAGUGGCGAUGAGGGUGAGGAAUCUGAGGAUGAGACUGAAGAGAAGGCAGCUCCUCCAGUUGAGAGUGAGAACACCGAGGUGGUUACCAACCUUGCUGAAGGAGCAGGUAGAGCAACGUGUGAAGAGGAUGCCAUGGUGUUGGCAGCUGGCCGGCUAAGUCAGGUGACUCUAUCACCCAGCCACCCUCCUGUCGAGGUUGAACCCGAUGAAGAUCGCGCUGAACCCCAGGACCCCAAGCUGCCCACGUUGGAACAACCCCUUGCUCCCAAUAUUCCCGCUCAGUCCUGGCAUCCCACAGCAGGAGAGGCUGUACAAGACACGGCAGGAGAGGGUGUACAAGACACGGCAGGAGAGGCUGUACAAGACAUGGCAGGAGAGAGUGUACAGGACACGGCAGGAGAGAGUGUACAAGACACGGCAGGAGAGGGUGUACAAGACACGGCAGGAGAGGCUGUACAAGACACAGCAGGAGAGAGUGUACAAGACACGGCAGGGUUCAGCGAACAAUGUGUGGAUGAAGAAGGCGAGGAGGAUGAGGCAGCACCUCUCCCUGAGAGUGGAAGAUCUGAUGGAGGGGUGCAAGAUUGUGAGAGGGCACCAGAGGAGCAACAUAAUGCGGUGUGGAGCAGGAAGUUGGACAGUGAUUCAGUCACAGAGAGGAUGGCAGUCGCUGAACAAGGUGGCCAGCAGUCUCCGCCACAAGGCAGCAGUGUCUCUGGAGGUCAGGACGUGUCUGCUCCUCCAGACAGCUUGAUAGCGUCAGCUCUUCAUGGAAAGGACGGGAGCCCUGACAUCACAAACCAUUCUCCACUUCAUCAAAGCCAGGCUCCACUGGAGCACAACACACUGCAUGUGGCUGAACAUGAAUCCAAUGCUGCACUAACAGCUCCAGAACCCAGACCCGGCUCGUCACCAAACGCCUCCAGUUUUUUCAGUGAUGAUGACGAUGACAGCUUGUUCAAAUCAGCGAUGCCAAAGGCAGGGAAGACAGUGAGGAACUUGGCCAAUGAGGAGGAGGAGGAGGAGGAGGAGGAGGAUGAGGAAGUGAGCAUGAAGGGUCGGCCUCCACCAACCCCACUGUUUGGAGAUGAUGAUGAUGAGGAUGACUUUGACUGGCUGGGCUGAGGCUGCUGCUUGUGGUGAUGCCGUGCAGUCACUGAGCAGGGAGUUGGCGAGGGACGCACCUAUGUGGGACAGGCAGCUUCUGCACAGCUUGACCCCAUGGAACUGACAUUCCAAGAGUCUGUUUCUAUCCUGCUGGUCACAGCCUGGUGUGAAACUCUUCCCCAGGCAACACUGAAUGAACCGAGAUGAAUCUGCACUAACUCUGAUCUCCACUGGUAUUAUUCCUGAACUAUUAUCUACCUGCGUACUUUAAUUUCCUUUUUACUCCCUGCCAGACCUCAGUGGAAUGCCACUGCUGUGACAGUCUUGUUACUGGCAGCCUGAAUCCACAACAGGCCCUUCAUGAGUGCUUAGUAAUGCUAUUAUUGUGCCUGCCACAGUUUGGUUGUGAAUAUUCCUCCUGUUUCCAUCAUGUUGAAUUGUCAGAGUAGUAUUUGUAAGGGGCAGACCCUUGCCCUUGUGCUGUGUGGGGGGUAGAAUACAGCCCUGGUUUAGAAUAAAGUCCUCCCUGUGCCUUAACCUUGGUGAGCCAACCCACCGCUCCUCUCUGGUGCCACUUGCAUGUACGAGGUCCACCUUUGGAAACCUUCAUUCACAGUAAGUUCAUAAGUGAUAGGAGCAGAAUUAGGCCAUUCGGCCCACCAAGUCUAUUCCGUCAUUCAGUCAUGGCUGAUCUAUCUCUCCCUCCUAACCCCAUUCUCCUGCCUUCUCCCCAUAACC